GAACGGUUAUGUAUUUCUUUGUGAUCCGUGUCAGUCUUUGGCAGCUUCAGCUGUUAAAGAAUUUUCUUUAACGUUACUUGAUUUCGAUGUUUCAUAGAUUCCUUCAUAUUUUGUUCGAUGAGUCGUUUUUUUCUCUAAGAAAAUAACGAAGCUUCAUCAUGGUGCUAAACGAAGUUGGCAAAUUCCUUCUCGAGUUGGAGAAAGCCGAAUUAGAGGUUAGCGCAAUUGUGUGUCCAAUUUAUUAAUAGGCACCUGCUGGGGUUGCGUCGGCACAAACUUAUGCUCAACUGUUGGCUAUGUAUCUUUACCAGAAUGAUUUAUGCAACGCAAAGUGCUUGUGGAAACGAAUACCGUCGAAUCUGAAGGAUGCUAAUUCGGAAUUGGGCCGAAUAUGGGCGGUAGGAAAACACAUGUGGCAACGGGACUGGCCCGCGGUGCACGUAGCUCUCAACGCGGAUUGGAGCGAGGACGUUUCCGGGAUCAUGACUGCUCUGAAAGAUAGCGUUCGCGAGCAAGCGAUGACGCUGAUAUCCAAGGCUUACUCGUCGUUAGGUUUGACGGUGCUCGCAUCUAUGACGGGUCUCGCAUUGGAAGAGGCUCAACAGGCGGCGAUGGAAAGGGGCUGGAGCAUAGACGGGACGAUGGUCCAGCCGGUUAAGAUCGACAAGGAACAAAGCACCUUCACCAACGAGAUCUGCCUGACGGAGGAUCAGCUGAAAAAGCUCACGCAAUUCGUCUCCUUCUUGGAGAACUAACCAAGUGCCGAACUAACGCGAAAGAGAGAGAAUCGAUCCGUUCGGUACUCUAAGCCUUUAGCUUUUACAGCGUAAUCGUAUUACAUAAACGAGGAAGUGCGCGUCAAAGGAACGCAACGCGUCAAAAUAUCUCCGUACCUCCAUCCUCUAGAAAUAUUAUGUCACCGUAUCUACCCACGCUGUCGAUGUUCGUUCGAUCGGAAGAACGUGCACGGUGUCGGACGUGCGAGGAAGCUCUUUUUAGUUCGAUCACGAUCGAUCGACCAUCGUCCACGAUAGCGACACUUCUUUUUUUGUGCGAAAUCGACUCUCGAGUGUUUUUUCUUUUCGUCUCCUUUCUUUUCUAUUCUCUCAUCCUCCUUUUCCGUCGAAAGAAAGAGCAAUAAAAGUAUCGCGAAGCGUAAAUAUACCCGA